ACACACACCAAAACAACCCCCACAAAAAAUAAUUAACUUUUAUAUAUAUAAUCUGCAUUUGUGUUGUUAAUUAAUUAUUUCAAAAUUUAAAACCGAACCACUUAUUUCACAAGUCAGUGAUAACGGCGCGAAAUACCAUUCAUCAUAUCAUCUCCUAUUAAUAUUAUAAACCAUACUUUUGUUUAAACUUAAAAACAAAACGUAUCUCAAUUGAUGCCACCAGUCAUUUCUUUAACUUACAUACAAAAUACCGCCACUGGACACCUGUCAGUGACGCCGACUUACAUCAAAAGAAGCCGAACGAGCGUUUGUCGUCUGGUCAUGUUUUUUUCGUCUGCUAAUUGUCUGCGACGGUGCUUUGAAAGUAGUCACGUGACGUCUGGCCUGUAGGCUUAUAAGCAACUGUCACAGACUAUAUUUGUCACACGCAUUUGAAUCACUUCCUAAAGUGUUAAGACAAGUUGGUUAAGAUGAUAUCUGUAAUGAUUUUGUUGGCAUUUUUGCCAUUUGUGGAAUCUUCCUGUCAAGGAAAUGGAGAUACAUUAAGAUGUGCACACAGGUGGAAUGAGCUUGGGGUAAACAUCAGGGAGCUGACAGUGUACAAAUGGGACGGCACUUGUAUGUUUCCUGCCGGUGCCAGUGUGAGACUGUUCGGCAGCCCCAGGGUAGACUGCACUUCCUGCAAGUAUUUCGACAACACGGUGACGGUCAACGGCCAGACAUGUUCUUCAGACAAGACGACACCCGGCCAGUCAUCAGCUACCGCUGCAACUUGGAAAACCAGCCAGACUGUCACCGUAAGACAAAGUACGUCAGUAACAGUCGAGCGAACUGAUCAGGAUCGUGCCACAUCAGCACCUAUGCUAGAUGCCAGUUCAAUGAACCAGCGGACGUACGGUCUUAUAGGGGUUCUCGGUGUAUGCACGCUGCUACUAACAUUGACAAUUACUUGGCUUUGUAUCCGAGACAGACGCCGACGUGCAUAUUGUUGUAUUAAACAUAGGACCAGUCCAGCUAUAUCUUUGGAGUCGAUUACGAUUUUCCCUACCCUGCAACUUUAGGACACUCUAUUAGGACUUUGUAUAUAAUUAUGUUUGCAGAGGCUUGUUUGUGGACUGUCGUGAUUCUGGCCUCCGUGUAUCUCUACAAUAUGUAACAUCAGCGUCCAGCCAAUCGUCGCAGAAACCGAAGAAACAAUCGACGUCAGGGACGGCAGUUAUUUUUACGGCGUGGAGAACGUGAAAGACGUCCAGUGAGACCAUUUCAGAUCGUGUGGUAGUAGCCAAAACGGACUGUACAAAGAACUCUAGUUGUUGUUGUUAUCUAUAUUGAUGUUGUGUUAUACUAUAGAUCUAUGAUAACGUGCCAGUCAGUGAUUCGACUCUGUUCGUUUUGUAAAUACAUGCAGGUAAAAUAAUUAUUUUGAAAGUUUGACGAAACGGACAAUCUUACAAAGUACUAUCUUUGAAACACACCUUGGGCUAUUGGACUAAAAUGUCAACUUAUCAAAGUAUAUUUAGUAAAAUGAUUACUUUUAGAUAUAGCCUAAAGAUUUGAACACCCAUUGUAGUAGACUGACACGUUUUCGGAGUUUCAUAUAGCAGUUAACGGACGCUAAUUUGACUAUCGUACAUGUAUUAUUCAGGUAGUGUUCGGGUGAACUUUAAUUUGAUGAAUAUAAUAUAUAAUGAAAAUUACACUGACGCGCAUUCAAAUAAGAUAAAGUAAGGUCGUUGCUGUAAUAUUAUUAUUGUUCACCCCUUUUUACAGUGAUUUUUUCCCCGUUCUGCGUAGAUUAGAAAUAUUUUUUUCUUUAUUUCGCUUAAGUGCUUGUCUUUUGAGUGACUAUGACAUUAAAAUGGCCAAGGCUAACUCUAUGCAAUUGUUGUUGUUAUACUUUCUUUUUAUAAGGGUAUGCACAUUUGCACGAUAGGAAAACCAUAGAAACUCAAGUGCCAGAGUUCUGUCAUAAUAAAAACGAUGACAGUUACAAAACGUUGUUUCCUUUUCCAUACACAAAUGUUUUCACUUUUAUUAUGUCAAAACUUAGGCACUUGAUUUUGUAUGCAAUCCUAGUGUUACAGCAGUACUGAUUGAUCUGUGAGCAAACAACGAAGUGAAUUGUUGUUGUUAUACUUUCUUUUUAUAAGGGUAUGCACAGUUGCACGAUAG